AUGUUUAAAUCUCAAUUUCUUAAUAAUUUCACAAUUAUUAGAUUGGCAUCAAGGAUAAUAAUAAAUGCAAAUGAACCAUCUUUAGGUUUAUAAACUGUUUUGAUAAUUGAUUAUACAACUGGAAAAAUAUUAGAAUAAUAAUAAGCUACUUUAAUAGAAGGGGAAGUUAGUUUGGAAGAAAUAUAGGCAUCUUCUAUUUUAGGUAUAUAUUAAGGAUAACUUUAAAAAUAUUUAAUUGUUUGUAAGAAGUGCGAAUUAGUAGCUUAAGUAUUAAAAUAGAAAUACUAUAGAAUUUAAUCUGUAGGUUUUAUAGGAUUUUAAAUUGUUUUAGAUAAAAAAAUGCAUUACGAUGAAUAUGGAUAAAUAUAAUCUAUAAAAGAUGUAAUAUUCUAUUUUAUAAAUUAAUAGUACUUGUCUAAUCAUUUUUACUUUAGUUUAAAUGGAAAUCCAGCCUAACCAUUAUAGAAUUGCUAUAAAAAUAAUUAUAGAGACUUUUCCGAAUUUUUAUGGAAUAAUCAUCUUACAAAUAAAUUUUAAGAUUAUGAUAUCUAGCCAUAAUGGUAUUGUAAAAUGAUUUAAGGAUAUGUUGGAUAAUUUUAAAGUAAAUUAGGAAAUGAAUAGAUAAAAUAUAUAUUGAUUAGUAGAAAAUGUAGAUAUUAAUCAGGUACUAGAUUUCAUCAUAGAGGAAUAAAUGAUGAUGGAUAUGUAGCUAAUUAUGUAGCAACAGAAUUUAUUAUAAUGGUAAAGAAUUUUUGUUUAAGUCAUGUUAUUUAUAGAGGUAGUGUUCCAACAUUUUGGAAAUAAAAAGGAAUAACUGGAAAAGUAAAAAUUACAAGGAAUGAAUUAUUAUGUGAACAUGCUUAUCUUAAACAUUUUAAUGAUUUGCAAGAAUGUUAUAAAAAUAUAAGUUGUAUUAAUUUAAUGGGGGAAAAUACAUCUGAAAAUAUUCUAAAUGAAUCAUUUUAAAGUUUAGUAUAAAAAAAUAAAAUUGAUGGAGUGAAAUUGAAUCGUAUUGAUUUUCAUAAGAUUUGUAAAAAUGAAAAAUUUAAAUCAAUUGAUAAUUGUAUUAGAGGAUCAGAUGAGGAAAGUAUUUUAUUUGAUUGUUUUGCAAUAAACACAUUAAAUUAAUAAUAAAUAAUAUCAAUGUAAUAAGGAGCAUAUAGAGUAAAUUGUUUAGAUUGUUUAGAUAGAACUAAUGCUUAUUAAAGUCGUUUAUGUUUAAGAAUUACUGAUUUAAUUCUAACAAAAUAUUAAGUUAAUCAUGAUUUAGAUUUAUUAUUUAUGAUUGAAGAUACUAAAGCAUGUGAAUUUUUAAAUUAAUAUAGAGUAAUAUGGGCUGAGAAUGGAGAUGCUAUUAGUUAAUUAUAUUGUGGAACUAAUGCAACAACAAGUGAAUUUACAAAAAAAGGUAAAACUACAUUUAAAGGUUUUAUAACUCAUAAUUUUGCAUCAAUUGGAAGAUUAUUUAAUUAAACAUUCAUUGAUUCAACAAAGAAUUAAAUAAUUGAAUCAUAUUUACAUGGAAUUUAAAAUUAAAGAUCUUCUCUUUAAACUUAUUUAUCAAGUUAAGUUAAAUCUUAUUGUAAAUUUCAAAAAUAUAAAUUAUUUGCAUUAACUUGGAAUGUAAAUGGUAAUUUAAUUUACAAUUUAUAAAAUGAUGUAUUACAAUUUCAUUAAGAUUAUAUUCCAGAUUUUAUUGUCAUUUCUUUAUAAGAAAUAUAAUAAUAUAAAGCUCAUAAGAUGAUUGGAUAAAAUCAAGAUAUUGUAAAUGAAUGGAUUAAAAUUAUAGAUUCAUCUAUAAAUAAUAAUGGAAAUUAAUUCUGUUUAGUUUAAUAAGAAAAUCUAGUUGGAAUGCUUAUAUUAAUCUAUUCAAAAGUAUCACUUGUCUAAUUAAUCAGUAAAAUUUCAACUGAUAAAAUUAAAACAGGUCUUGAAGGUCAUGCUGGAAAUAAAGGAGCAUGUUUAAUUAGAUUCUAGAUCAAAGAUUCUGAAAUUACUAUUUGUAAUUGUCAUUUAGCAUCUGGUAAUAACAAAAAUAAAAGAAGAAUUGAAAGUCUUGAAGAAAUACAUGAAAAAGCUUUUAAAAAUUAAAUGAAAUCUAUUGAUUUAUCAGAUUAUACAUUAUUAAUGGGAGAUUUGAAUUUUAGAUUAAAAUCAAAUUAAACUUCAAUUUUGGAUCUAAUUUAAUAAUAAAAGGAAUUUUAUUAACAAGGUAAUUUAAGAUAAGCUGAAUAAUGUAUCAUUAAACUUUAAUAAUCAGAUUAAGUUUAUGAGGCAAAAGCAAAAUAUCCUCUAUAAGAAUAUUAAGAAGCUUGUAUAACUUUCUUACCUACUUAUAAAUUAAAUGUUAAUCAUACUUAUUAAACAAAGAAACAAGAAUAAAUUCCAUCUUAUUGUGAUAGAAUCUUUAUUAAAACAAAUGAAUAAGCAUUAAUCAAAUAAUUAUUUUAUAAAAGUAUUGAUAGAUUUGAAAGUGAUCAUUUACCAGUAAUUGCUAUGUUUAUUAUUGAUGUUAAAACAAUAGAUAAAGAAAAAGAAGCGAAUUUAAUAAAAGAAUUUACUUACAAAAGUCAUCAAUUAGAAGAAGAAGAAAAUAUUUUAGAAGAAUAAUAAAAAGAUGAAAAAUAAACUACAUAAAAUAAUACUAAAUAAGAAAAUAAAAAAGGAAUAUUUUAAUAAUUUAAGGAUAAAUUUCUUAAAUGA